UCACAUAAUAUUUCAACCCGAUUGGGUCGAUAUGUAACCCAGACUUAAAACAUACAAAAUUAAUCGUGGAGAUUGGAAAAUUUUUAAAUUUGAAAAAAGAAUAAUUAAGUUAAUUAUUUAAGACUAAAUAUCACCUUUAGUAUUUUGAUUCAAGUGAUUUUGAUCAAAUCAAACUUUGGGCACACAAAACUCUCUUAACUCAUCUCUGCAGCAACAAUGUAGUGUAAGUCAUUUGGCAUCAAGAAAAAUAAUCUUGCAUUUUAACUCCCCUAAAGUAGUAUGCUUAGAGCUGAAACGUCCCGUUGAUUUCCAGUUCCUCGUCUUCUUCCUCGUCAAACUUCAAAUGCGCUUGCUUUCGUGGCGUAAAGCCAAUCGCUUAACUUGCGUUAAACCCAAAUGUCGAAUCUGUUAUUCUUCAACGUUCACUUUUCCCGCCAUCUCCCAACACCAAAUUCCCAGCCAGAAUUUUCACACACCUCGAAAAGAAUUGUCUAAAUUGCUACACAAACGCCCACCAAAAUCCCAACUAAAGCAAAUACAUGCCCAAAUACUCAUCCAACAACACUCAUCAACUGCUUCUUUAGUUAAUUCUCUGAUUCACUGUUACCUACAUAUAAAGGAAGUUACUUCAGCAAGAUUAUUGUUUCUUCAAUAUCCUCUGCCUUCACCGCCCAUUCUAAUAUGGAAUUUUAUGAUCAGAGCUUACUGCAAACUCCAAAAUUCUUCAGAAAGUUUCAGUCUUUUCCGCCAUCUCUUGAAUUUAGACCACCUCACUAUUCGGGUUCUUCCUGAUGUGUAUACGUUUACGUUCAUUGUUACGUCAUGUGCGCACCAAAGAUCAGUUGUACAGGGCAGAAUUGUUCAUGGGUUGGUGGUGAGGAAUGGGCUUGAGUCGAAUUUAUUCGUGGGCAAUUCGUUGAUUAAUAUGUAUGCAGUUUUUAAGAUUACGGAUGAUGCUUACAAAGUUUUUGAUAGAAUGUCGGAAAGAGAUGUGUUCUCUUGGACAAGUUUGGUAUGUGGGUAUGCAAAUAAUGGUGAGAUGUAUCAAGCUUGUGAAGUCUUUAUUAAAAUGCCUGUGCGAAAUGAUGUUUCUUGGGCUGUUAUUGUAUCGGGUUUUUCUGGAAAUGGAAAGUAUAUGGAGGUACUAUUAUGUUUGAAUGAAAUGUUUUGUUCCAUUGAGGAUAAGGUAAGGCCGAAUGAGGCUGUUCUUGUUUGUGCUCUAUCUGCUUGUGCUAAUCUUGGGGCCUUAGAACAGGGAAAUUGGAUUCACGCGUAUAUUAAGAGGAAUGGAAUUCAUGAAAGUUCAAAUAUAUCUACUGCUCUUAUUGACAUGUAUGCAAAAUGUGGUAGAAUAGACAUUGCAAGAUUGAUUUUCAACAGAAUUCCAAGACCCGAUGUACACAAUUUCACAAGUAUGAUAUCGGGGUUAUCAUAUCAUGGGCCCGGUGAGCAUGCCUUAACCGUGUUUAAAAGGAUGUUGGAUGAAAAUGUUAAUCCAAAUGAAGUGACUAUUAUAGGGGUGCUUAAUGCAUGCAGCCAUUCAGGUCUGGUGGAAGAGGGUUCGUCAAUCUUCAAUAACAUGGAGAACUUAUGGGGACUUGAACCUCAGAUUGAGCACUAUGGCUGUUAUGCAGAUUUACUUGGCCGUGCUGGAUACUUGGAAAAGGCACUUGAAGUUGUAAAGAGUAUGCACAUAAAACCUGAUAUAGUCAUAUGGAGGGCUUUGCUCAGUGCCUGUAGAAUCCAUCGUAAUAUUUUCCUUGGUAACGGCAUUAUAGAUUUUAUAAAGCAGCUUAACUCUGAUGGACCAAGUGGAAGUGAGGUACUGCUCUCUAAUCUGUAUGCAUCUCUGGGCAACUGGGAGAAAGUUUCCGAGUUGAGGAAAGCAAUGGGUCAGAGGAAGACCCAAUCGGACAUUGGAUGCAGUUGGAUCGAGGUGAAUGGUGUUGUUCACGAGUUUCGUGUUGCUGAUAAGCUACACCCGCAGAUUUUGGAAGUUCUGGACAAAUUAAACGAACUUUGGAUAGUGCUUUCCUAGAGGCAUUCUUGCUAACAGCAUACAUACGUUCAUUGAACGAGAGAAUGAGGAAGCAGCAGCUUCGCUUGGUAAAAAGCUAAGACUUUAGCAUUUGGUUCCAUGAAUCUGCUUGGAGAUUUGAAUUGACAUAUUAUGGAGUUAAGAAUUUGUUGCGACUGUCAAUCAUAAUUGAAGGCCACUUCUGAAUUUUAUGACCAAGAGAUACGUAUUUUACUGCCUGCUUCUGAUUUUUAUACUAUUAGAAGAAGAAUAUUUCUAUGAUGACUACUCAUAGUAGUUAGUUCAGGGAAAAAGCACUUAUAUCUGUAAAGAAUGUUGCACGAACUGUUCGUAGCAGAGGGUAAUCUGUAAGAAUUUUUAACUUUACAGGACGGGAAUUAAAGUCUGAGGUUCC